AUGACCACGCAAGACAACAUCAAACCAUUGGUGGAAAGGUUACUGGCAAAUCCACUGCAAUUCAAAGCUGCUUCAAUAAGCAGCAGGAUCACAAGCAGGAACAAUGCAGAGAACUCAUCGUAUAUAAUGAUCGGGAAGUAUAAUAAUAAUAAUAAUAAUAGUAAUAGUAGUAGUAAUGCAGCUAAUAAUAGUACAAAUAGGAGUGAUCCCAUCAGUGCUGUGAAGGAGGGACCUAAGCAAAAGAAGAGGAAAUUACCCGCUUCUAUGGCAGAAGCUAUUGCCCAAUAUACAGCUGUACCAGUUUCGAAACAAGUAUCUUCUAGUGACGAAGAAGAAGAGGUGUUUCAUGAGGCUAGUGAAUACGUCGAUACAACUUCAUCCGACGCAGUUUCUGAAAUGGCACCUUUACAGAUUCCUGCAGUCAUUCAUCGACAGCCCUCUGAUGUGAAAGGACCAGAAGUUGACGCUUAUGGUGAUGACGAAGAUUUAGGGGUUCCUUUGGAUGAUCCAAGUUCAAAUUGUGUCGAAAGUGGUUCCGAGUCUACGAGUACUAAGGAUGAGAAAAGUGGAAUGAUCUCUGAAGAUGAUGAAGAAGAAGAUGAUGAUGAUGAGAGCCCAGAGGAUGAGGAUUACGUUUCAAGUACUGAAAGUGAAGAAACCGAAGCUGAGAGAAAGAGUGAAAGUUCUGAGAACGAUAGAAGUAGUAGUGGUAGCAUCAGUCGUGAUGACGAAAAUAGUGAUGACCUAGAUGAUAAUAGCGGCGAAGAUGAUGAGAUGGGAACACCAGAAGAUAUUCUGAAAAAUGAAAAACUACAAUUGCAGGAGGAAGCCAUUGCUUACCAACAGGAGCAAGAAGAAAUUUUGAGGCGUAGACAACAGAAAAUUCAUGGCAAGCAAACCGCUAGAGAUCCACAAGAUGAUGAAGAUGAAGAGGAGUUGAAGCACAAGAGCCCAUCCAUCAACAGGUCUGUAACCCCACCAACAACUGUUUCAGAUAUAAACAAAUUCUAUCAAUGGAAUCAAGAACCAACCGAUCAAGGCACCCUAAAAUCAUCACGUAUCCUCAAAAAUUGGGGACCAGAAUUAUCUGAGUUGAAACCAAGAGGUUUAUUAAAUCAUGGCGUCACCUGUUAUACAAACGCUGCAGUUCAAGCCAUGCUACAUAUUCCAGCCGUCCAGCAUUAUUUGUUCGACAUAUUGCGUGGUAAGUAUAAUGAUAUCAUAUCACCAGACUCUGUUUCUACAGUCCUUGCUGAAACAAGUAAAAAAAUGUGGUUACCUAAUAAUCAAUUAAAAGAAAAAAAUGUCACUUUCAUCAAUCCAAAGAAAUUAAUCUCUAGACUAGAUGAUAUUAACUGCAUGAUGAGUGAAUGGCAACAGGAGGAUUCGCAUGAAUAUUUUAUGUCAUUGAUGUCAAGAUUACAAGAAGAUUCCGUUCCAAAGGGUAAGAAACUCAUUGAAUCUGUUAUCUAUGACAUUUUCGGUGGAUUAUUGAAACAGAUUGUUACAUGUAAAUCUUGUGGAGGUAUAUCGAAAACAGAACAACCAAUAUAUGAUCUAUCGUUGCAUUUAAAAGGUAAGAAAAAAUUAGACACCUACGGAAACCCCGAUAGUAUGAACUCAAGCAAUAAUAAUGACAUUUCCAAUAUAGAAACGAUGAAGGACAAUGCUAACAACAACGGCAAUGGUAAUAAUAUUCAAAAUCAAAUUGAUCCACAGACGGUAAAUCGUAGAUUUUCGAUUGAAAAAUCUAUAAAGGACUUUUUCAGUCCUGAGUUAAUUAAAGUUGAUAAAGAGCAGAAAGGUUACGUCUGUGAAAAAUGUCACAAGACUACAAAUGCAGUAAAGCGCAACACCAUAUUAAGGGCUCCCGAAACUUUGCUAGUUCAUUUAAAGAAAUUCAGAUUUAACGGUACAUCGUCCUCAAAGAUGAAACAGGCCGUUUCCUAUCCAAUGUUUUUAGAUUUAACUGAAUAUUGCGAUAAUGAAGGUAAUAAAAAGAUUUUACCCGUCAAAUAUCAACUGAUCAGUGUUGUUGUCCAUGAAGGGCGCAGCUUAUCGUCGGGCCAUUAUGUUGCACACUGUAAACAACCAGAUGGCUUGUGGGCAACUUAUGAUGACGAAUAUAUUAAUAAAAUUUCAGAUAAAGAGGUUUUACGUGAAACCAAUGCAUAUUAUUUAGUUUAUAGUCGUUUGACUCCAAGAGACAUCAAACUGCCUGCAUCAUUACCGAAACAAAAGUCAAAUGCAUUUCCAGCACAGAACCACCCUCAACAUGACAACACUAGUAGAAAUGGAACACAAAAGGAUACACAUGCUAAUUUCAACAAGAACAUAAAUGGGAAGAACCCAAAGAAUCGUGGGAAAGGUUGGAAAAAGAGCAAGAAGAAAAGAUUUAACAAGUAUUAA